AUGUCGGUGAGCUUGGAAGAUCUCACCCAGAGGACGCGGAAGGCCCACAGCUUCCUGCAAACAGAGGGGCUGAUUCGAGACGCUAAAGAGCGUCAACUUCAGUUGGAUUUGAUUUUCUACGGCACUGCGAUCAGCAGCUGCGUGAGAGGUCGUUCCGGAUGGUCCAAUGCCUUGGGACUUCUGGUACAGAUGUCAGGUUCCACCUUGACUCCCGACCUGGUGGCCUGUUCCGCGGCCUUGGCGACGGUGGCCAAGGCCGCCACACCGGCGUGGCAGACCUCGGUGCAACUGCUCCGAGAGAUGCAGGAGAUGGACCUCAAGAUGAACGUCAUACCGUUCGAGACUUGCAUCACUUGCUGUGGGAAGGCCAGCCAGUUGACUCCUGCACGAAAGGUCUAUGGAGAUUUGGACCGCUACAGACUUGAGAAGACGGUGAUCACCUAUAGCGCCUUAAUCAGUGCUUGCGAGAGGUCUGCAGCGUGGAUUGAGGCGAUUUCACUGCUGUGGCAAGCAGCACAGAGUCGGAUCCAGAUGGAUGCCAUCAUCUAUGGUGCUGCCAUCAGCGCUUGCGAAAAGGCGGCGAACUGGAGCUGGGCCUUGCUGUUCCUGGAAGAGCUUUGCAACGAUCUGGAGCCUAACAUGAUUCACUACAACGCGACCAUGAGCGCCUGUGAGAAGUCUUCUUACUGGGAAGUGGCUUUGCUGCUCAUGCAGGAGGCCGUCGCCAGGCACCUGCAGCGAGAUGUCAUCUCCUUCGCCGCCUGUGUGAGUGCGUGUGAGAAGGCAGCUGUAUGGCCCGAGGCACUCCAACUCUUACGCUGCGCCCAGACGAGCCUUCUGGAGACCAAUUCGAUCCUGUGCAACGCUGCCAUCAGCGCCUGUGGGCGGGGGAGUGAGCCGAUGUUGGCAUUGAUGCUGAUGAAGGAGAUGGACCGGCCUGAGACGGACACCUACAACGCCGCCAUCGGCGCGUGUCUGGAGGAUUGGCCGCAGGCCUUAUCCCUCUUUGUCGAUUUACAGCAGGCAUCGAAUCGACCAAAUCUGCUGAGCUUCAACAGUACGAUCCACGUUUUAUGUGUGGGGCUUCAGUGGCUGAAGGCUGCAGUACUCCUGGAGCAGUGCAAGGACGAGCAUCUACAGCCCGAUGCCGCAAGCUACGACCCGAUCCUGUCCGCUCGGAUGGAGAUGGCCUUGGCAGAAGGUGCCUUCUCGCCGACCAAAGUGCACGACCUGGCCGAACGCCGGGGCGUCCGGGUCCAUGCCAUGGACACGCAGAGCUUCCUGCGAAGCUCCGCCGGGGACACCCAGAGGGCCAGGUGUUUGGUGGGGGAGGAGUGGAUGGUGUACCGGCCAGCCGGUAAGGUCAAGGAAAGUGAAUGA